CCUGGGAGCGGCGGAUUCGCGCUCCAGUCCAGCCUCGGGACACUUGGUGCAGCUGGGUUAGGCUGAAGCUCAGGUUGCGAUGGUUUUGCGAGCGGUCGUCUUCGACCUGGACGGGGUCCUGGGGCUGCCAUCGGUCUUCAGAGCCCUUGGCCGCUCCGAGGAGGCACUGGCAUUGCCCAGAGGCUUCCUGAAUGAAGUUUUCAAGAAAGGAGGCCUGGAUGGUGUCACUGCCCGUACCGCAAAGGGAGAGAUCAUGUUUUCCCAGUGGGUGCCACUUAUAGAAGAAGACUGCAGGAAACACUCCAAGGAUUGUGGAAUCUCCCUCCCUGAGAAUUUCUCUAUAAAACAAAUCUUUUGCAAGGCUAUUUCAGAAAGGAAGGUCAACCACCGCAUGCUUCAGGCAGCUUGCACUCUCAGAAAGAAAGGAUUUACAACCUGCAUCCUCACCAACAAGUGGGUGGAUGACACCCCCCAGAGAAGCUGCUGGGCCCAGCUGAUGUAUGAACUGAAGCCGCACUUUGACUUCCUGAUAGAGUCAAGCCAAAUUGGAAUGGCCAAGCCCAAUCCUGAGAUCUACAAGUUUACGCUGGACACCUUGAAGGCCAGUCCCCAUGAGGUUGUUUUUUUGGAUGACAUGGAGGAUAACCUGAAGCCAGCCCGUGAUUUGGGAAUGAUCACCAUCCUCGUUCGUGACAGCAAUGUCGCCCUGCAAGAGUUGGAGGAAGUAACUGGGAUGCAGCUUCUCAAUACAGCAGCCCCUCUCCCAACCCCAUGCUGUCCAAGUGAUGUGAGCCAUGGGUAUGUGCAAAUAAAGCCUGGGGUGCAUCUGCACUUUGUGGAGAUGGGCUCUGGCCCUGCUGUGUGCCUCUGCCAUGGAUUUCCUGAGAGCUGGUUCUCUUGGAAGUACCAGAUUCCUGCUCUGGCCCAGGCGGGUUUCCGGGUUCUAGCUCUGGACUUGAAAGGCUAUGGAGAGUCGUCUGCUCCUCCCGAAAUAGAAGAAUAUUCCUUGAAAGUGUUAUGCGAGGAUAUGGUAACUUUCCUGGAUAAGUUGGGCAUCCUUCAGGCGGUGUUCAUUGGCCACAACUGGGGAAGCAUUCUGGCGUGGAACAUGGCUCUCUUCUACCCUGAGAGAAUGAGGGCAGUGGCAAGUUUGAAUACUCCCUUAAUGCUGGCAGUCUCCAAAGUGACCUUAACAGAGUUAAGCAAAACCAAUCCUAUUUUUGGUUACUACCUCUAUUUCCAAGAACCGGGAGUGGCUGAGGCUGAACUGGAAGAGGACCUGGAACGGACUUUCAAAACCAUCCUAAGAGCACAUGAUGAGUCAGCGCGUGGGAUUGGAAAAACGUGUCUUUUUGCAGAAAGACUCUUCGUGAAAGUCCCCAAAGAGCCCAGCCUCAGCAAGCUCCUGUCUGAGGAGGAUAUCCAGUACUAUGUACAGCAGUUCAAGAAGUCUGGUUUCAGGGGCCCCCUGAACUGGUAUCGGAACGCAGACAGGAACUGGGAGUACAGCUGCAAAGUCAGGGAAAGGAAGAUCAUGAUUCCGGCCCUGAUGGUGACGGCAGAGGACGACCUCAUCUUCUCUCCUGAGAUGUCCAAGCACAUGGAAGACUGGGUUCCCCACCUGACAAGAAGACACAUUAAGGAUUGUGGACACUUCACACAGAUAGAGCAGCCCGACAAGGUGAAUCAGAUCCUCCUUCAGUGGCUGGAGAGUGAAGCCAGAGACCCGCCAGAAGUCUUAAAGCUUUAGGGUUGAUGCGUGCCAGCCGCCAGCAGGGGCUCCAACCCCUUUGUCUUCGGGCUGCCGCUCUUGGCACCGAGAUAGGGCCUCACCGCAUCUCUCAAAACGAGCAGCCUUGUUCUGAAGGGUGAUUUUCUUUGAGUGAAGUGAUUCAAAUUUGACAAAAUUUUUAGGUACAGGAAAAAUCAUGGG